UUGCGCGUGCAGCUUCGACGUCGCCUGGAGUCGGAAAGCCGCGCGAGCGCAUGAAGGAUUCCAACAUGGCGGCCACCGAGGCGGGUGAGUCGGACUGCGCCGGUGCUUCGUGUCCCAGAGAAGAGAUUAUUAAACCGUCCAUAACGGAGCUGACCAAAGUGCGGACCAACAUCUUGUGCACGGUUCAAGGAUGCGGCAAAAUCCUCCCCAACACCCCGGCGCUCAACAUGCACCUGGUCAAGUCCCACCGAGUCAAGGAGGGUAUCUUCAAUCCUACGGUACGAAAGAAUAUGAAAGGUUCACAGAAGCUCUACUGUUGUCCGAUAGAGGGCUGUCCGAGAGGCCCUAACAGACCUUUUUCCCAGUUUGCGCUGGUUAAGCAGCAUUUUAUGAAGAUGCACGCAGAGAAGAAGCACAAAUGUCUAAAGUGCAGCAACGGAUACAGCACAGAAUGGGACUUGAAGAGGCACGCCGAGGAUUGCGGAAGGACCUACAGCUGCACGUGCGGCUGUCCGUACGCAAGUCGAACUGCACUGCUGUCGCACAUCUACAGAACUGGCCACGAGGUUCCCAAAGAGCAUAGGUAUCCACCCGUCAAGAAAAGAAAAAUGGAAAAACUUUCUCGAAGUGCAACAAAUCUCAAGCCUAAUGGACAAACUUAUGAAACCGAAGCCACAGAAGGAGCAGUUCCUGCUGAAGGAGCAUCACACACUCCAGAUUUACCACAGCGCAAUUGCGUCAACUCUAAAAACCUCCAUAAGCUUCUCCUACCCAUGCCUAAAAUGGCUAUUGUCAAUGUCCCUGUGAUGCAGCUGGCACACUUGCCUGUCCUUCUUCCGCCAGCAGAGAGCAGUGCUUUGAGGUCAUUGGUCUUGACAGUGGACCCCCAAGGCUCUGUAAGUACAUUACACCUCAUGCCUCAGUCGCUCGGGUCAGUAAUGCCUCCGCUAAACACUAAAAGUUUCAAGGAAACCACACCUGUUUCCAAAUCAAACCCGGAUGCCAUCAGUACAGGGAUCCAAGUCUAUUUAGAAAACCUGGUCUCAGUUGACGAACCAGGUAACGAUUUGGGAUCAAGAAGUAAAAGCACCUCAACCAACAUUCAAACGGAUAUCUCAUUCCUCAAUAAGGGAUCUAUCGGGGGAGUCAAUAUCGGACCCGCAAGCGAGGCCUCGGUUUCCUCUGGUUCUCAAACUGACAUCAGUGUGAGCGCCCAGAUCCAGCUUCCAGUCAGCGUACAAACUCAGACGUUCCCUUUGAGGUCCAAAGUCACGUUCUCCAUUGGGGCACAAACUGAAACUCUAGGUCAGAUUUCUUUUCCAUCUGGUAACACAACGAAGGAAACUCAGACAAGUUACGCCACAGCGGCUUCAGUAAAUAAGACCCAAAUGGACCAAGCUAUAAUGUGUGCAAAUCUGUUUGAUUCUGAUAUGCUCAACGUCUCUACACAGACUACAGUACCUUUUGGCACCAAUGAUCUUGAUCCCAUGAGCUCAGAAUCAGGAUUUUUUGAAGACAAAUCUGCAUCAUCCUUGUGCUUUGGAGCUCAGAGAGAUCUUUUACAGCAAAACACGGUAGCCGACAAUCAGACUCAGACGAUUAACCUUUUCAAUGAUCUGGAGAACAUCCUUUCUGACACCAUGGCCAGUGGAGCUCAAAGCUGCGGGUCGGGCUUGGGUCCGGUGCAAGAGCAGCACACGGGCAUCGACUUUGACAUUGAGGAUUUCCUCAACGCGACUCAUAUUCAGACUCAGACGGACGAGAGUGCCUUGGGAGGAUUGAGCUCAGACACACCCCUGGAGCUCCUCGACAUUGAGACGCAGACUGACUUCUUCCUGUUUGAUAACCUUGAGGAUGGUCAUCAUUGCGAUGUCAGCACCAGGGUCCAAACAAACGAUCUUGAACUGGAGAUGUUUGACACGCAAACCCAAACAGAUCUGAACUUUCUACUAGACCCCAGUAAUCACAUGUCUCUAGGCAGCAUCCUAAGACACUCCAGCUUCAACAUGAGCACCGAGUCCUCAGACACCGAGACCCAGACAGAAACCAGGGCUCCUGCUCCUCCACCUACUCUACAACUGCCUUGUUCCAAUGAUGGACAGAUCAGACUUAGCAGCACAGAAACCCAGACGGUCCCCAGUUCCUCCAGCCUGGGCCACCUUUUUCUAACCAGUAACGAGACACAGACAGUCAUGGACGAUUUCCUGUCAGCAGACCUGGCUUGGAACGUGGACUCCCAUUUCAGUUCAGUGGAAACCCAAACCGGUGAAGACCUCCUGUCUUUGUUUCAGCACUCAGACAAAGACAUCAGCUGAGCUGUCUGUGGUUUUAGCUUGUCUGUAGUGGGUGGGACUUAAGCAAGGAACUGUUUCUGAUGACCCACCUAACUAAAGGUGGUGGAUGAUUUGGUUCUUCCAAAUGAUCAUCACAGUAAAGGGCUCAGUUUGGAAGGCAGUUGAGUUCACUUGUAGUGAUUUAGCAUCUUGAGUCAUUCCAGUACAAGUAGUCUCAAAGCCUAAAGAGCUUUCAGCACCCCUAUUCGGACGGAAUUAGGUUUACUUCGGGCUCGAAUUAAUCGCGUCAUUAACCCCAUCUCCUUUUUUUUUUACAGAUUGGCCACGUUAAUAUAUUUCUUCGAGAAAAUUACAGACCAGCUCCACGGUCAACUGAGGAUUUUAGUUCUAUCCAAAUAUCCCUGUUUGUGCGGUAACACAAGAUUCCGACAAAAUCGCUAGUCAACAACGUAUUUGUUAUAAGUCACAUUGGUCUUAGUCUCUGUACUUUCUACACUCAGAGUGCAUCAACGGGAGAAAUCAAAUAAAUUAGAAGCUCGCAAUCCCGAUUUUAAAGUCUGAUUGAAGGAGCCGGUAUAACAUCAGCUACUGUUAUAAACCGCUUCAUAUAAACUUUACUCAUCGUCACGCAAAUUUAGUUCCUUAAGCUGGUGAUUUGACUGCGGUCUGAUCCAAUCUGAAAUUUAAGUUUUCUAGCACGGGAAAGUCUUCUGACGGCAGAUUUCUCGUUUUCGUUAUUAACUUGGAGACAGAGUAAAAAAAAAAGACACGUCGGUGAGGUAAAACGAAGUAACUAGCUCGUGUACAUUCUCACACUAUUAAAUAUAGGAUAUUAUUAAAUAUAGGAUACUAUUAAAAAAUAGGAUAUUUUUUUUUAAAGCCAUCACCUCAUCUGCAGAAAAUGAGAACACUCGUGAAACAAUUUUGCCUUUGAGCUCUGAAAGAAAUUUGAGCCAUGACCCGGGGAGUUCACAUUAAAUUUCACAAGCAUAAUGGGAUCACAUGACCACGAGGUGCCCUGAUAGUCAGGUUUCACAGCUAAAAAAAACAACCUACAGAAACUCGUCCCUCCGACAUUAACUUUAUAUCCACUCGGACGUGACAGGAUACGCAUCAGAAGGUCCCGUUAAAAAAGAAACGAACCCGGUCCAAAUAGGGCUUUUAGCUGCACUUUAUCGCGCCACGGCCGUCGCUCGACUGCUCCUUAACGUGUUUACUUUCGUUUGCACAUUUCUUUUGUUUAGUACUCAUGUUAUAAAUGGUCUGUGUGUUUUUAUUUUAUUUUAUUUUAUUUUAUUUUAUUUUAUUUUAUUUUAUUUUAUUUUAUUUAUUUUAUUUUUUCCCCCCAUUUGGUUAGAACAGAAUAUAUUGUUUUCGGUGAUGAUAACAGUGCUACUAUGUAGUCGUAAAAAAUUUACAGUGUGGCACAAGUCUAAAGUUAUUGACAGAAAUGAUGCGUGUUCAUUGUAAAAUCUGAUUUCUUGUGAAAUUUGUAUAUUUUCUUGUUUGGCUGCACUGUAAGGAUAUUUUUUGCAUUGUGCUUAAUCUUUGUUGUUGCAUUUGUUACUCGGUACGAUUUCCGUUACUGUAUUUAAACCGUAUUUUUGUCCCUCACAGACGUUUUUCGCUACAGCAGUAUAUUAUAUUAUACGCUCACGAUGCAGUGCAAGAGAUUUUUCAACGAUUCUAACGCAUGCAUGCAUAUUUCUGCACGUCGCAAACAUGGGUGACCUUUAACUACGGAUCUCGCUACGCUGUUAUUACGACGAUUUGCAUCCUUGUACUGUGAGUGAUUUAACAUGCAAAUCGCAGAUGUUUACAGCAAGACCGAACCUUUAACGAAACCUGUUCAGUGGACGCAUGGAACAUUUCUCCGAAUGUAAACGUUUUCACUUUAAACACUACUUUUGCGAUCCAUGAUUAGCUUUUGUUUCCGUGCCUUAAUUUAAGCGGUAAAUCUAAACACGUUGGAUGUAAAGCUGAAGCGAACAUCGAAGUUUCGGGUUUAAUUUCCCUUCUUUCCGUUUCUCUAUCUGUCUGAAUAUUUUUUAUUUCCGUGUUUACAUCUUAUCGCACGCUAUAUACUUUAUCGCCUGCCUUUGCCUCAUAUCAUCAUAUUUCAGUAUUUGUUAACGUUACACGCUGCUUGCUUUUGGUCCGUCAUUUAUUCAUAUUUAUAAAUCUGACUUUCCACAAGCAACUUAAUGUAAAUGACACUGUGUCGCAUUGUAACCGAAAGGUUUCCUUUUCGUUGCAGUACUCAGCCAAGGCCGACAUUUGCAUCCAACCUCCCUCUCUCUCUCUCUCUCUCUCUCUCU